AUGUAUUUGCCACCUGCACCUCAUUCAACCGCGGUCAACAGGCCGACCGAGGCCUUUGGAAAAGAGCGCACAGGAUCAACGGAUCCUUCCAUCUUGGUGUUUGGUCGAGCCCGAUACCCCACUGUCGCUACCACCGCUACAUUGGUAGCGGAGCGAUUGCUCUCCAAGGGACUUCCUGCUGUUCAAGGACGACGCUGUCGACCUCGAUUGCGGUGUCCUCAAGCAGCGGUGCACCUGAUCUUCGCUGGUUGGAGGCCAUCGAUAUCCUCGCUCUGGCCUACUUUGAAGCGAUCUUCGGUGCACCACCUUUUGUACUUUUUCCUGGCCGACCUCUACGGCUACAACUCUUUUUGCUUUGGAGCUGAACUCCAGCUUCGCAGUUUUCCCCUUCCUGUGAUGUCGGAGAAGGAUGGCUUUGUUUCCAUCCCCACUUGGGAUGGCCAGGCGAAAGGCUGGCGGAGGUACACGAAAGAAGUUGCAUGGUUCGUGUCCUCGACGCCAGUGGAGAAACGAAGAUAUGCGGCAUCCAAGCUCAUCAGCAGGCUUCAAGGUCCAGCUCGCCUUCUUGCAAUGAGCUGGAAUCGUGGUGAGUUCGACUCCCCAGAUGGCACCCUCGACCUCCUGCGGAAGUUGAACUCUUCGGAAACGCUUGGCUAUGAGGAAUUUGCUGAGUCGCUUCUUCGCCUAUGGGAAGAGAAAAACGGUGUGAGCCAAAGUGAAGUCAACUUUGGACUUCCGCCCAUCGAGGACUCCUCCUGGGAUUGGUGGUAUGAGAACUAUGACGAUGACGAACCCCAUCCUGACGAACCUGGCGACCCUAGCGAACCUCCUCGUGAUCCUGUGGCCAGUGCUGGUGAAGUCAAAACACCAACCAAAGAUGCAUCUGCAUCUGAUGGUGCUGCCCGUGCCAGCGCAGGCUCUUCUCCAAGCCAUGGUGAACCUGCACGACGAGCUCCUUCCGUGAUCUCUGCUGGCAUCCAGGCUCCCUCAACGAUGGGAGUCAAUGAGCUGUCCGUGACCGACUCGUUCAUCAUGGGCGUCCUCCAAGGCUGGAGACUUCUGCAAGCAGCGUGUCUCAACCCAGAAGAGACAAGGGACAUCUUGUCUGCCACGCAGAACAGCCUUGACUUUGAGGCCAUCAGCAGGGCACUACAGACCCUAUGGGAUGAGCAACUCCUUGGUCACCGACCGUCCUCGUCAUCUUCCAAUCCCUCGUAUGGACACCUGAACUGGCAGUCUUGGGAGGAAGAUGAAUGGCAUGCUCCUGACCCUUGGGACAAUGAAGACUCCUGGUGGGAGUCGCAGUGGCAUGAAGAAUGGCAAGAUGAUCACCUAUGGCCUGAUGAAGAACCCGCUUCAUCCUUGGCCAUUGCAGAAGAACCUGAUGAACAAAUCCUCGAGGCCCAGAAGGCCGAGCAAGCUGCUGAACAGCUGGCCUUGGAGGCCAAAAGGACCUGGGCCGAAGCACAACGCCUUGAACUUUGCACCUCAGCUGAAGCUGACCUUGGAGCGGCACAGCGCUCAGGGAAUCCAUCAGUGGCAAAAGCCUCCACUGGAAUGCUUGAUUGUGGCGCGACAGCCUCCGCCGCUCCAGAAGUGGCAGUGCAAGGUCUCAUUCAGGCCAUUCUCCAGGCCGACAAAUCAGCACAAGUGACGAUCGAGCCAUACAUGCGGCCGCACUUUCGGUUUGGGAACGGUCGCUGGGGCCAAGCAUUGUAUCGCGCCACCCUUGUUUCGAAUGUGAGUGUGCAACCUCGGAAGUUUUCGUUGUUUUCAUUGCCAAACCCCGAAGAGUUGUCUGUGAAGAACAUCGUACCCAUCCUCAUAGGCAUGGACCACUUGGGAAAGACAGGUUGCCAAAUGAUGGUGGAUUUCAUGUCGGGCUAUGUGAUUGACGGUGUCGACAAGGAACCCUCCAUCUACAAGCUCAAGUCCAAUGCUAAGGGCCACUUUGAGUACGACAGCACUCCGUUGUGGACUCCAAGCCUCUUGACGACAUCCCCUUUCGUGCUCACCUGCAACGGCAUGGCGCAGAAGGGCGGCCCCAUGAGUCACCCGUCGAUGCAAGCCGAGCAGGAUAUGGUGAACUUCAUCGAUCAACUACGACCCAAAGUGGUCAACCACCAGAUGGUGCAGCGCACGCUCUCCGAGCUCGAGCCUCUGAUGCAUGGCGCGCGUCCUACCGCACGGAUCUGCAAGGCCAUGAUGGACAAGAUCACGGCAGAUGUGCAGUUGGAGACUCUUGUGAAAGCUGCCAUCAAGGAGAAGCCCAAGGCCACUGCGGCGAAGACCAUGGUAAAACCCAAGACCGAAGGGUACACUUCGCCUCGGAUGUCCACGAGCCAAGGCAGCUGGGAGAUGCUGACUCCGGAACAGCACGACAUCGAGACCCUCCUCACCGAGAAGGAGAAAGCCCAGCUCCGUGUGGACAAGAACAUCGAUUCUGAGUAUGACCCGGGCGACAUGUCUGUGAAUGUCGACUCAACGCACUACACCUCAUCCAGGACAUCAAAGCAGUUUCUGAAUCGAUCGACGGCAUCAAAACCGAUCCCACAGCGCAUCGCUGUGCAAGUGAUGCAAAUGGUUGCACUCAUGACCUCCACCUUGAUGAGUGUGGCACUUGAUAUGAACCUUGAGGGACGUCAAGGUCUGUGGGAGAUCGACUGCUCUGACAACAGCUGGCUGACGGCAUCAGCUCAGCAACAUGGCAUCUGUGGUCGUCGCAUCAACUACAUCCAGGGCUAUGACAUCUACAAGCAGGAGACUUGGGAACGCCUCAAGUCCGAACGACGUCGUGACCGACCUCGGAAACUUUGGUUUUCUCUGCCCUGUACGAAAUGGUGCCAAUGGAGUCAUGUCAACUAUAACACGCCGGAAAAGCGUGAGGUCCUUGAAAGCCAUCGAAGGCGUGAGAGAAGGAUGCUUCGAUGGGCAGCAGACUUUAUCCUUGACACCAUGGACGACGACCCCAAUGUUGACGUCUACUUCGAAUGGACCUUUCCCUGCUCUGGAUGGACACAACAUCCUAUGGUGUUCUUGGAACAUGAGCUUCGCAAGCGCUCCAUUCCCUGGGAGUCAUGUCGCAUUGAUGGUUGCAACUAUGGCGUGCGAGAUCGCAACAACGACCUCUUCCUGCACAAGCGCUGGCUCAUCAAGACCACUGACGAGCUCUUCCACAAGAACUUCAGAGCCAAGGUCUGUCCCAAGAACCAUCAACAUACCCUGAUUGAAGGCAUAGAAACAUCAAGAUGGGCAUACUAUCCUCGCCGAAUGGUGGAAGCCAUUGUCCGUCACUGGAAGCGAGAACUUGUUCCUCUACGGCAUCUCAAAUACCUCACCACUGGCUCCAGUGAAGCCGAUCAUGAAGAUGAGAACUGGAUGAGAAGGAAAAAACUCCUUCAUGAACCUGAUGCUCUUCCAGCAGAACUCGUUCCUGAUGAUGAUGAUCCUCCUGAGCAGCCAGAGGAAGCUAAUCCUCUAGCAGAAGUUCCCAAGAAAGAGCAAGAUCAAUGGAUGGCUCGGCUUCGACAUUAUCAUCGUGCUGCUGGACAUCCAAGCAAUCGCAGCCUUCAACAUCUGUUCAAAGAUGCUGGACUCCCGGCAUGGAAGAUUCACAUGGCCAAGAACUUUGUCUGUGAAACGUGUCAAAGCCUCAAACUUGGUGGCUACAGUUCUGGCAAGGUCCCUCCAGCUUCAACACACUCGCUCUACAAGGCCUGGCAGGCUGUGGGCGUUGACGCCUCUGAGUGGUUGGUGCCAAAUCAAAAGGUGAAGCUACGCUUCUUGCUGUUCAUUGACCUGGCCACAAAGCUCAAGUCGGUCUACGUGGUCAAGCAGUAUGACUUCCUUCAGAUGCAAGGUGAGACUGCAACUGAAGUCAUCACUGGCUUUUCUGAACGAUGGCCUGUGGACAAGCCAAAACCUGAGAUCCUCGUGCCCGACAACUCCAAGACCUUCAAGAGUCGCGAGAUGCACGACUUUUGCAGCAGCAUUGGUAUUCAAUUGGCCUUCCCUGCUGAAAAAGGAUCAUGGGCACAUGGCGUUGUCGAAUCCGCCAUCAAAGAUCUCAAGAUGACAGCCUCAGCCAUUCAAAUUGAUCAACCACAUCUCAAUCCGCGUGUGAGUUUGAUGCUUGCAUGCGCAGCUCUCAAUUCCACCGAGUACACCAAGGGCUACUCUGCCUUUCAAUGGUGCUACGGCAAGGACUACACCCUGGCCGAUGAGGACUUGAGAACCUUUCGAGAGCUUGAGAACUAUGAGGACCACAUGUCCUAUGAGUCCUUGGUCCGAGCUCGACAAGAUGCUGAAACUGAGAUGCUGACUCAACGUGAGCGGCGUGAGAGAAAUGAAUUGGAGACAGAACUCUUUGGUCCUGAACCUCCACCGAUGGUCAAUGACUAUGAACCCACGUCACCUGAAGAUGUUGAGGAGCCUCCUGAGAAGAUUCCAAGGCGCCUAUGGAUUUGGACAAGCGCCACCCGCAAGGAUGAGCAUGGUGUCCCCUUGGUCAUUGGCAUGAUGGGCGGACACGUCGAUGACUUUCACCGCAUCGGUAGUCCGCAUGAUGAGGAGUGGGCAGCCAUCAAACGGUCCAUCGACGAAGCCUACACCUGGGGCACUGCUAAGGUUGGCUCUUACCGCCACGCGGGCACUGACAUUGAGGUCACCAGAGACCGCGAUGGCGACCAGGUCAUCACCGUGAACCAGCAGUACUACAUAGACAUGCUUUGCGAUGUGAACAUUCCUCAAGAUCGCAUGCGCGACGAAGAAGCAAAGCUUUCUGCUGCAGAACAAAUGGCCUGUAGAGGAGCUCUCGGCUCACUUCAAUGGGUGGCUGUCCAAACGCAACCACAACUAUGUGGCCGCUGCAACAUACUCCUCUCCGAGCUUGUGAAGUAUGGCAAAAUGUCCUAUGCCAUCGAGAUCCAAAGGAUGAUUUGCGAAGUCCGCCAACAUCCUGCGCAGCUGAAGUUUUUCAAGCUCAAGAAGGCCAAGACCUGGCGCGACAUCUCCGUGAUCACUUUCGCGGACCAAGCACGUUGUUGUGGACAGAACUCCACGGAGCGGGAUGGAACCGCCCGACAGCGGUGGAUCACGUCGCCUGGGCUGAGCGACAAUCCCGCGAAGUGGCUGGCUUCGUGUGCACGGAUUCUCGAGGAGGAUUCGACGCAGUGCAGGUGA